GAAACUGAUGCUGAAAAGAAAGCGAAACUGGGUCAGCAGCGCAAGCCAUGGACUCUGGAGCACUUUAAAUUAUGUCCUAGCAGGGAAUUCGACGAUAACUUUAUUUGACAAAUGCGGUUUUUAGGUUUUUAAUAUGCUAUGGAUAUAUCCCAGGGUCUAGAACUAUAUGUGAAGGGUGAAGAUGAAUUUAAGCAAGAGGAGCUAUGAAGUUAUGACCCUAAAUAUGAUGACAGCUCUUAUGCUUUAGGGAAACACUUCAGAGAGGGAUAACAGCAAACAACAUGGCAACAGCCUCAGGUAAUCAAUUCGAGUGGCAGCUUUUUAAUGGACGUGAGUGGGUUUCGAUCUUGAAUGAUUUCGUCAUUGAGGCCCAUUACUGUCAGCCAGGGGCAAAUGGGAUCACCAUCAACCUCGACAUGGGGCCUGCCUAUAUUGACUUUGAUGAAAUGACAGUCGACAGUCUUGAUUACUUCAGUAUACGGCGUAAUACACUGCUGUCAUACAACCAGAAAGAAGUUAUGGGCUGGUAUUACAAAGAUAACCAUCGCUGGUGCGAAUAUGGAUCUCAAGGAUCGGAUGGGAGGUCAUCCUUGAUUAAAAGUGAUUUUAUAGAGCAGAAGUACAACAGCAACCCAAGGGGCUCAGUUCAGUUUGCUGUAGGAACCAUGUCGUACAAGGUGGACUUCAAUGCGAUGAGUCAAACCAAUCUGUCCACACACAUGUCGAGGAAAGUGAGACGGCGGCCAAAAUUCAAUGAAGUCGUAACAGACAGCAGUAUUCAAAACAGGUCACCAACUCUGGUAUCUCCCUCUGCGAACCCUACGAAUUCUUCUUCUCAACACAUCUGGGAGUUUAUGGGUGAUGAGGGUAUUUGGACCGAGUACCAGAAACCAGAAUGUUCAUUGGAUAGCGCGGAAAUCGAGAGGUUGUAUCAGCUCAACCCACAGUGCCAAGUUUCAUUCACUGCCAGACGAUUCUCUUACACUCUUUACUUCAGUGGAAUGUAUCAGUUGAACAAUAAAUAUGGGACAAAAAGAGCUGUCAGGAGAAUCGCCAGUGGAAUCCAGCAAACAAACAGUACAUUGCCUCCAGCUCACUGGCAGUUCAUGGACAUGGAUGGCCAAUGGAAGGAUUAUAAGAAAGGUGGUUCUCGGGGAUAUUGCAGCGUGUCAAGUCAAGAUAUUGAAGUGCAGUACCAGCAGGACUCCACUGGGACACUGAGAUUCAGAGCGGGCAGAUUCAACUACGAGCUAGACUUCUCAGACAUGACCCAGACCAACCUGUCUACUAACACCAGUAGAUCUGUACGCCGCAUUCAGCCAUAAGACCUCACCUGCCUCAUCUUUUAUGUUUACUUUAAUAUUUACUAGCUUUAUAUGAACAAUCUCAGGAUGGCGAGGCAUGGAGUGUCUGCUGGCCAUUAGCAAUAGCAAAAUGAUGUUCACUUGUCCAUGCUAACUUAUGUGCCUAUAUUGUUUUAUUAAUUGCCAUAAAAUAAUGGCUUCAUUGUGAUUAUGUACUUGAAACAAUUCUGUUUCUAUUAUUUUCUCUUUUUUUCUCAGUGCAUUAACUAUGAUUUGAAGAUCGCAUUUCCUAUCAUAUCUUAUGACAGCUUUCAACAUUCAUGUCUGUGCAAUGUUUAUUUUGUUUGUUUUUUUUAACUGCCAAUUAAUUUUAUGGGAGAAAAUGUAUAUUAUUAAAUCUAUAUAAAAUAUAGGGAAAACAAAA